CGAGCUGACCCUGCAUAUUCAAUGCUUGUACGGACAAAUGGGCUCCUCCGAGCAGAGCCGCUAUUCACGAUAAGUUUUUAGACUUCCCUCAUAUAUCUGUGAGACAUUCAAGCAGGUCAAGGGAGAAGAAAAAGUCAAGUCUUGCUGGUUCCUUCCCUUUUUCUGUUGUUUCUGUCUAUCGUGCCUUCCCACUUGUCACCUCAAUCUCUGUGUCUCUAGGCUUCACCUCAGCUUCAGUAUCUUCAACAGUCGAUCGCUAUAAUAAUCGCCAUUCAGGAUGUUCGUCUCGGCCUUCGUCUCCGCUCUCUCGCUCGUCGCAGUCGCGUCCGCGCAAUCGUCUAGCACUUCCGCCUCGGCUGCCGCUUCUGCUUCUGCCACCGUCGUUCCUGUCGCCGCUGCUGGCUCGAAUGGAUACAGCUAUGCUGGUUGCUGGAACGAGACUACCAGUGUAGAAGGCACAGCCAACACUCGCGCUCUUUCGGGCGGCAAGAUGGAAUCAGUCACCACCACCACAGUUGCCGGGUGUUUACAAUACUGCGGCGACUCAAACUACCAAUACGCUGGCCUGGAAUAUGCUCAAGAGUGCUGGUGCAGCAACUACAUCUCUGCACUGUCGGUGCAGUUGCCCGAGUCGAACUGCUCGCUUGCAUGUGUGGCCAACAGCUCCGAGCUUUGUGGUGGCUACCUCACCCUCAGUGUCUACAACCUUACUAGCAAGAAGUCGGGCUCGUCGGGUUCUUCGUCUAAGACUGGCGCUGCAUCUUCGGUCGCUACUUCUGGUUGGACUUAUGUUUUGGGCGCAGGUGUCAUGGCUUUGACGCUUGGUGCUGCUUUGUAAGAGAUGGAACACACGAAUCUUAUACCCUUGGGAGAAUACAAUAGAUGGAAAAUUGGAUAGAUGGAUCUGGCGUUUGAAAUGUCAGACAACGAAGGAGUUCAGGGAAUGCUACAACAUGAAUUUACACAAUAUCACGACGCUUACUCGCCUUCUUGAUCUAACACUUGUUGACCCG